AUGGCAGUAGCUAUGCCCAAAAACAAUGUUACAAAAGUAACUAAUGCUACUACAACCAUGAAGGACAAAGCGAUGAAUCCUUUAGAUUUUAAUUUACCACAAACUAGCAAUGGGGGUACAAAGUCUCUAAGGAAAAAGAAAAGAAAAACAAAAAAAUGUCCUAAAGUUGUGAAACCUUUAAGUCGGCAAAAAAUUCGAUCAUCUUCUGCUGUGGAGUCAAAGUCGGAAAACACUAUUAGUAACACUCCUCAUCAUGGCUUGACGUCAUCAUCUUCGUCAUCCCGUUUCUGUGAGCGUCCCAGCACAGCAGGAAGUCUUCGUCUACCCUCCAUCCAUACCCCCAUGUCUACAAGUAGCACAGCUCUAUCUGCCUCCAUAGAUAGACUAGCAACACCUCCAGGAAGACAAAGAGCUUCUCUUCCAGAAUCAUCUCAACCCACAUCCAGUGAACGCAGAAAGAAAAUUCCACUUCUUGCUGCAAUUAAACCAGCAAACGAAAAGGCAGAAAAGGAAAGAUUUCUUCGGGCAAAAUGUCAAUACAAUCCAUAUUUCAUUUACAAAUUUCCAGCUGAUGCUGAAGUUCUAGAGAGAGUUAGUGUGGCUUCAGACAAGUUUUUACCACAGGCAAUCUUAAUAAUGGAACGUGCUAUUGACCAAUACGGGAGUUAUGAGAACUUUGAAGCAGAUACUGGUGGUCAGAUUAUAUCCCGGGGACAGAUCAACAACUUGGUCCAGCGCUAUCUGAAGAAGGAAGAUAUAGAAAAAGAAAUAGUUGUUAAUCUGACAGAGGAACUCCUCUCACGGGGCUCAAUGACAAGACAUAAGGGAAAACCUCAACUAAAUGUUCGUGUCAGUAACCUGAGGGAGUAUUGGGUAGAGGGACUCCUUCGCCAUGAGCUUGGCACUCACUAUGUUCGCAGUUAUAACAAUAAAUUUCAACCAUGGUACAACUGGAAAGUACGUAAAGAGCUAGAUAUGUUACCACUGAAUCCGACUGAGGAGGGACUGGCAUCACUACACAGUGUGUUGUUCCGUAGGAACCCUUGCUUGUGGCGGUCAGCACUGCUUUAUUACACAGUGUAUAAAGCAUCUAAACUGUCCCUGAAGGAUCUCUUUAAGGAUCUUGGCCGAUUUGUCAAUGACCAGCAUGUACGAUGGGAUUAUUGUAUCCGCGCAAAGCGAGGUCAGAUAGACACAUCAACACCAGGGGCAUUUUCCAAGGAUCAGGUGUAUUUAUCUGGAGCACUACAAAUACUGAAAUACCGUCGACAGAUUGACUUCCAAAUGAUGAUGAGACUCGGUAAAGUGGCAUACCAGGAUAUUGACCGUUUAAAAGGGUAUGCUGAUCUGGAGGGGACACGGGUGCCAACAUUUAUGGAAGACAGGGCAACAUACAUUAAACAUUUGGACCGCAUUGCAGAGGCUAACGGUCUCACUGACCAAGUCCUGCAAAAUGUAUGA